UAUAUAUAUUCAAUUAUGGAUAAAAAUAUAAACCAAGAGAAAAAUUGUGAUGGAUCUAAUGAAGAAAAUUUUAAAGAUGGAGAAUAUAAUACAAGUAAACAAAUUAAAAAAAUAAUAGAGUCUAAAUCAAAUUCUAAACUGAAGUCAAAUAGUUUGAAUCAAAGGGCUCAUUCUCGUUCUCGUUCACCAUAUAAAAGUUCUAGACAUUGGAGUUCCAAUGCUUUUAUAAAUUUUGUUCAGGAUUUCAGACAAAAUUAUGAUGGUGUAAAAAGUAGUAGAAUAUUUCAAAUGGCUGGUGAAAGAUGGAAGAAAAUGUCUUCUGAUGAAAAACAGCCAUAUUUAAAGGCAGCUAUGGACAUUAGAAAUAAGAAACAAAAUCAACAGAAAACUGAAAAUACAUAUAAAAUUGAAAAUAUAAACAUAGAACAACCAAAGAAUGACGACUCUCAAAAACAAGAAAAACCUGGCAAGAAAGAAAAAAAAAAGAAGGAACCGAAAAGACCUAACAAGAAUAAAAAUUAUACUGAAUCUGAUACUGAUUCAAUUACUUCAGGUUGUUCAACAGAUACAAAUACAAGUGAUAUAUCAGAUAUGAGUUCAUAAGCACAUGAUAAUUGGUUAUAUAAAUGUGAUUGUGUUUAUAAUUAAUUAAUGUUUGAAUAACUUUUUCCUUGUGUAGUUUGUUAUUUAAAAAAUCAUGAAUAUAUUAUGUUAUUAUGUA